UUAUUACAUGUCCUCACAAGAGGGGGAUUCGAAUUAGUAACCUCUGCUUCAUUAAACAUGGUCCAACCAAUUAAACUAUCUCUUAAUUGCUUACCAUUACAAAUAGACCUAGGAAUAGUAAAAUUUCAAUAAUGAACACGUUCAGAACUAGAAUAUGAAAAUUAGAUAAUUUGUGAAAUUCAAAAAUAUCUGGAAGCAAUCUCUUUGAUUUGAUUGAAUAACGUAGGUUAAAUCACCUCAGAUUUACUUGCCGUUUUUACUGCCCUUUGGCGCCAAAUCGUGAAAAGAAAGCAAUCAAAAGCAGAAAAGACCGGGAAUUGAACACAGUAAAAACCUUUCGCGCCAAACUUUCGUGGUGGUACAAAACCCAAAUCCCUCCGUAUCCCAUCGCUUCUCUAUUUUCUAUCUCUCUCCCUCGCUUCUCUCACACGGAGAAGCUCAAACUCUUUCUUUUUUCUCUUUCGCUGUUUCCCAUUUUCUUGAAUCUAAUUAACCAUUUUUCUAGCACCGACUUUCUAUCGUUGAUCCCAAGCCAUGGACGCUAAACCCAUGAAUGAAAUCGACAUCAUUCAGAAUCCGAGCUUCUUGACCCCGCCCGUAACCGUGAAGCGCACAGUUACCAGCACCGGCGCUCGGAUUACGACUCAGAUCAAGGCAGAGGACUCUGAGGACUCUGAAGAAGCGAAACCGCUUAUUGGGUGGGAGCCCAAGAGCGAAGUGAAUGUUCUUGUGAGUGAACAUAUGCGCUCAGAUUGCCCAAACGGCUCAGGGAAAGAAGAGGUCAAGACGUCGAAUAAGAUGUCGGUUGGCGAAUCUCUUAAGGCGACGAAUACGAAUGCGGUGUCUGAGGAGGAUUGUCUGCGAACUCAGAUUAAGGAAGAGCAGCUUAAGGAACCGGAAGUGGUCAGAGUCAAGGAGGAGCCUGAUGGGGUUGAGGACAAGCGUCUUGUUAGGGAAAAUGUGCGUUCAGAUUGUCCAGACGGCUUCGUAAAAGACGAGGUUAAGGCCUCAUGGAGAAUGUCGUUUGAGGAGUUUCUUAAAGUGACGAAUACGAAGGUGAUGUCUGAGGAGGAGUGUCUGAGAACCCAGAUUAACGAAGAUCAGCCUAAGGAAACAGAGGUGGUCAGCACCAAGCAGGAGCCUGAUGGGGUUGAAGGCAAGAGCCUUGUGAGGGAAAAUAUGCGCUCAAAUUGUCCAGAUGGAUUGGUAAAAGACGAGGUUGGUUCUAACUUUUCUUCCAAACCACAUAAUGUGAAGAAAGAAAUAGAUGAAGAUCGAAGGAUAAGUUCGGGCUUGGUGGAGGAUGGGGAUUUUCCGGAGGAGUCAGAUUGGUUUCUGGUGGGAAGGACGAUUGUCACUGCGCUUUCAACCACAAAAGGAAGGAAAUUGGUUGACAAUGAGAUUGUUGAUUUCACUUUUCCCUCCCAACAUUGGAGACAUGGUGCGCAGUGGAUUGUUCGCUUUUCUACCAAACGGUUCGGAGAGAUUGGUCGGCUUCCAAUGGAGUGGGCAAAAUGUAUUAUUCCACUUGUAAAUGGCACUAAGGUUAAACUUCUUGGACGUUGUGUAGCUGCACCAUCAAACCUUUCCAUGAUGCAAGAAAUCAUGUUGUAUAUAAGCUUUUAUAUUCAUCGUUCAGUAUUCACCGAUGGUGACAAGUCUUCGUGGAGGCUAGAUGCUUCCUGUAACAUUGACUCUACACUUUAUCCUCUCCUCAAGCUGUUCGAAUCGCUGAAAAUUAAACCAUAUCAGAAGGCUGAGUUUACCCCUGAGGACCUUCAUUCGCGGAAACGUGUGCUAAAUCUAGAGGAUGAUUCAGAAGAAGCCGCAUCGGCCUUGCCUAUUUUGAAGCGAAGAAAGGGUUGUCAACAGUAUCCAGAACAAGCCAAUGAUGAACAAGCUGUCACAGAGUCAUCUCUGAAUAAACUUGUGGGGGCAGUAGAAGUGUAUAACUUAGAGGAGCUGGAACCCCCAUGUACACUCAUGUGUGAUCUUAGGCCGUACCAGAAACAAGCACUAUACUGGAUGUCAGAAUUAGAAAAGGGAAUUGAUGUUGAGAAAGCAGCAAAAACUCUUCAUCCAUGCUGGGCAGCAUAUCGUAUAUGCGAUCGGCGGGCUUCCUCUAUUUAUGUCAACAAUUUCUCAGGGGAAGCAACUACUAAAUUUCCAACUGCAACACAGAUGGCAAGAGGAGGAAUAUUAGCAGAUGCAAUGGGGCUUGGGAAGACUGUGAUGGCAAUUGGUCUAAUACUUACAAGGCCAGGAAGAGGAUGCCCUGCUAACCAGGAGUAUGGCACUAAAAUUGCAGAUACUACUGAAAUUACAAAGAAGACAAAGAAAGAUUGUCAUAUGAACACCUCAUCAAAAGCAAAUGGUGGCACUCUUAUUGUUUGUCCCAUGGCAUUGCUAGGGCAAUGGAAGGAUGAGAUUGAAACCCACUCGAAGCCAGAAAGUAUAUCAAUUUUUGUUCACUAUGGUGGGGGCAGAACAAAUGACCCAAAGGUCAUUGCAGAACACGAUGUGGUGUUGACAACAUAUGGAGUGCUUUCUGCUGCUUAUAAAAAUGAUGCAGAGAACAGCAUCUUCCACAGGGUCAGUUGGUAUAGGGUGGUUCUAGAUGAAGCUCAUACCAUAAAAUCUUGGAAGACUCAAGGUGCUCAGGCUGCCUUUACAUUGUCUUCACACUGCAGGUGGUGUCUAACGGGAACCCCUCUUCAGAAUAAUUUGGAAGACCUCUACAGCCUCUUAUGCUUCUUACAUGUUGAACCAUGGUGCAAUUGGGCUUGGUGGAGCAAAUUGAUUCAAAAGCCUUAUGAGAAUGGUGAUCCAAGAGGGAUGAGACUGAUCAAAGCUAUUUUGAGGCCAUUGAUGCUGAGAAGGACAAAGGACACAAAGGAUAAAGCAGGAAGGCCAAUACUCGUUCUACCUCCAACUGACAUUCAAAUCAUCGAGUGUGAACAGUCAGAAGCCGAGCGUGACUUUUAUGAUGCGCUUUUUAAGAGAUCUAAAGUCCAAUUUGACCAGUUUGUUGCACAAGGCAAGGUUCUUCACAACUAUGCAUCAAUCCUUGAGCUACUACUUCGAUUGCGGCAGUGCUGCAACCAUCCGUUUCUUGUCAUGAGCCGAGCUGGUUCCCAAAAGUAUGCAGACCUGAGCAAGCUUGCAAGAAGGUUCUCUGAAAUUAAUCCCGAUUCUUCCACUUCAAAGCAGCCUGGCCCAACCCAUGCAUACAUUGAAGAGGUUGUUGAAGGUAUCCGGAAGGGAGAAAACACAGAGUGCCCCAUAUGCAUGGAGUAUGCAGACGACCCAGUUCUCACUCCAUGCGCGCAUAGGAUGUGCAGGGAGUGUCUCCUCUCAAGCUGGCGGACCCCAACAACUGGCCUGUGCCCAAUUUGCCGGCAAUUACUCAAAAAGACCGAUCUCAUAACGUGCCCGACAGAAAACCAGUUCUGGGUUGAUGUUGAGACGAACUGGAAGGAGUCUUCCAAGGUUUCAAAACUCUUGGACUGCUUGGAAAGCAUUCGCCGGUCGGGUUCUGGUGAAAAGAGCAUUGUUUUUAGCCAGUGGACUUCGUUUCUUGAUCUCCUCGAGAUCCCGUUGAAGAGGAGAGGCAUUGGCUUCUUAAGGUUUGAUGGAAAGCUUGCGCAGAAGCAGAGGGAGCAUGUCUUGAAGGAAUUUAGCGAGACCAAGGAGAAAAUGGUAUUGCUGAUGUCUUUGAAAGCUGGUGGUGUAGGCUUGAAUUUAACUGCAGCCUCUAAUGUCUUCUUAAUGGAUCCAUGGUGGAAUCCUGCUGUUGAAGAGCAAGCAAUCAUGAGAAUUCAUCGUAUUGGGCAAAAGCGAACAGUACGUGUUAGAAGAUUCAUUGUUAAGGACACGGUGGAGGAAAGAAUGCAACUACUCCAGGCACGCAAGCAGCGCAUGAUUGCUGGGGCCCUCACCGAUCAGGAGGUUCGGACGGCUAGGAUUGAGGAGCUCAAAAUGCUUUUCCGAUGAAUUGCAUGAUAAAAUUUAUUUUUUGAGAGGGGCUCUUUUGUUUUUUGUAUGGUCCAAAGAUGCCCAAUUUUGUAAAUUUCUAUAAUUGUCAAGUGGUAAUUUGGUGCUCGUUUCUUC